UGUGUGAGGGGAGGGGGGCGUCAAUUACGUCACAGUCCCUGAUGUUUAUGUUGACCUAAAGUUAUUCAACUGUGUCUUCAGCUCCUCCGGUCAGAUGGACCUGGUGCGUGUUAGGACUUUUGUGGUGUGAAAUGUGUGUGCGUGCGUGCGUGUGUGUGUGUCUUCUUCCCAAACACUUGAGCAAGUGAUAUGUGGAUGUGGGGAGGGCCCUGAGGGCGAGCACACCCCUGCUGCCUGUGUGUCAGAGUAUUUCAGAACAGAGAGCAGCAUUUAGUCACUCAGGAUUGGAGCUGUACAAAUCACUCCGUCGGCUGAAGUCCACCUCAAGAAAAAAAAAAAAAAAAAAAACAACUUGCGGACCACAGAGGAUACUUUUUUCCUUUAUUUCCCCCCUGUGAGCACUGACGGACUUCUCGUUCAUCUUGGAGGAAAAGCUGCGCGUCGUCACCACAGGCUGGUUUUUUACGCACACAUAUUUUCGCCUAAAAAGGACAAUGCCUCGUUCUUUCUUGGUUAAAAAGUAUUUCGCGAAACAAAAGCCAAACUACAGUGAACUGGAGUGCCAGAAUGACACCUCACUGGAGCGGUACCCUCUGGCCGAGCUCUCCUCGGCGGACAGCAGCUUCCCUGCCACCUGCUUCACCACAGGUCUGGUGUGGGACCUGAGCGUCCUGCCCGCCCUCUACCUGCCCUCGCAGUCCGAGCCCUCGGGGGCCUCGGGGCCCCUGGACCUCAGCUCCCCCUGCAGCCUCAGCAGCGGCGCCAGCAGCAGCGGCGAGGAGGACGAAGGGCGCACCUCGGACCCCCCCAGCCCCGAGCCCGUGCACACGUACGCCCCCCGCCAGCGGAUGAAGUGCACCGGCGUCAUGGCUCACGUCGGCRGCCCCCCGGAGGAGGAGGAGGGGGAGCCCCCGGUCACGGCGGCCCGGCCGGCCUUCCUCUGCAAACACUGUCCCAAGGAGUACACCAGCUUGGGGGCCCUGAAGAUGCACAUCCGCUCGCACACCCUGCCCUGCGUGUGCACCACCUGUGGGAAGGCGUUCUCCAGGCCCUGGCUGCUGCGGGGCCACAUCCGCACGCACACAGGCGAGCGUCCGUUCUCCUGCACCCACUGCAACCGGGCCUUCGCCGACCGCUCCAACCUGCGGGCCCACCUGCAGACCCACGCCGAGGUGAAGAAGUACCAGUGCGGCGUCUGCUCGCGCACCUUCAGCCGCAUGUCGCUGCUGCAGAAACACAGCUCGUCGGGGUGCUGCUCCACCUCAGUGUGAGGAGGAGGACGUGUGUGUGUGUGCGUGUGCGUGUGUGUUUUUGUGGGAGGGGGCGGAGCUCCGAGCGAUGGAGGACUUCUGGGUUUGGACAAGAGGUCUACUCCAGCCCUGUUAGCCUGUUUAAAGGACCACAAAGCCACAAAGAUCAUAACUUUUUGUUUUUAUUUAAAAGACCUAGAGGGAGUCAAACCUCAUCAUGGAUCUGACUUUACAAGCUUCUUCUCUUUGUUCCAUUAUAAAACUCUUGAGAAGCUCCUUUGUUUUUAGUUUCUGAGGCUGGACCACCUGAACUGAGCUUGAAUCAGCCCCCACUCUCUCUCUCUCUUUUGCUAUUGUGCUCAUUCCGAAAACAACAAAUUUGUUGUGAACCCGCCGGGGUUAGAGGUGUCUUUUCCUGUCUCUGUCCUGGUGCCGGGCAGCUCAGGAUCAUGGCGCAGACACAGCUGCUCAGAGGUAGGGGUGAGUGGGUGGGAUAAAUCUCUUGGCGUGUCGCAAAUCACACACACACUCUCGAGCGCACACACACCAAAGCAAGUGCACACGCAGCUGUCCCCGGAGCUGCGGCGCAGAUAGAUGAGGCGCUAACAGGUGCCGCAGCCGUGACCUUCGCUGCUCGAGAGCAGGUGACUUCUAACGCCCUUGGUUUGCUCUGAAGAAAGAGGAAACGUCAUCACAGAAGAAUGGCACCAGUUUGUGUGUUUGUGUGUGUGUGUGGGGGUGGGGGGGUGAGAUUAAUUUAAGCCUCUGUUUUGACUAAACCACAACCUUUCGCUUUAAUCCGAUGAGUUUCAAAGAUAGGAGAAGCCGUUUCCCCCACACGGCUCUGCUGCCACACGAAGCCAAAUGAAAGCCRUGAACUGGAGGUUACCGCAGUGUUAAAGGAACCAGUCCAAGCCAUAGGACCUACGUGAAUGUGCCUUGAAAUUUUAAGUGUUUCGCCACCAAAACGUGCCUUUUUUUUUACCUCGUUUUAUUAGCUUUUAAAAUGGAUUUCAGUAUUAGAARAUGAGCUAUAAAGUGCUAAAAGACUGGGACCAAAGAUGCUAACAGUUUACACCAUCACAGCCUGAUGGCUGUGUGAUAAAAGCCUUUAUAAAUGGACAAUACAAAUCUGAACCUGUAACUUUGACAAAUAUUUUAUGGCUUUUUUUUUUCAGUGCAAUGUGCAAAUGAUGUGUUACUUUUUUGUUUUGUACCAAAGCUUGUGUGUUCACCUCUGCCUCCUGUAUGAAAUAAAUGAUGCCUUUUCAUUCAAUAAAGUAAUUUAUGUUUAUUAAAAA